UUAGACUCUAAGUGGUUCCAUUUGCAGCAACCCAAGUGGGCCAAAGCUUUGACACAAUCUGCCUUGAGUGAAACUUCGCCUCCCCUGUUCACCGGAGCUUGCGCUCUGAUUUGCGAAUGUCAACCCACUAAGUUUCUUCGACUCGUUUGAACUCACCGAUCUUCCGUUCCGCUCUCUCCUCACCAUGAAGAACGCUUCCGUCAAAGGCCUUGAAGUUUUCGAUUUCACCGAAGAAGACGAGCUUCCCGAAUUGAUCUCCGAGAAGCGUCUCAGCAAAUUCAAAAACCCUAAUCUCGACACAACCGCUGUUUUGAAGUAUGAAUUUCUGGAAUGUGAUAAAUUAACUGUGGCCAAUGGGUUUGUUGUUGAAGGGAAGGAGAUUAAAAAUCCACAUAUGGAUGUUGAUUUGGGCAAAUGUAAUCGUGGUUGUGACAAUGGUAUUUCACAUAUUCCCUCGGGCACAACUAAAGAGCAAUUUAUCAUGGAAGAAGGGAAAUAUCAAUUGGAUGCCUAUACAGAAUCAGAAUUGAAUAGCCAUUCGCAAGAUAUGUUUGUGCAAGUAGAUGGUCAUUUGACAGGAAGCCUUGGCUCUGAACUUGACAAAAUUGGAUCUAGCUCUCAAAGUCCUAUCCUGGGGUUAAAUUGCACCCUUCCUGAGUUUAAUGCUGAAAGGGAGCCAAUUGAUGGACUCUCAGAUCCUAAUGGAAGCAUGAAUGGGAAUUCUUCAAUGAGCCCUCCUUCAGAAACUGUAGAGGAUGGUGGUAUGUUCUGUAUACUGUAUUUGCUUCAACAUUCUUUUGGUUGUUCUAUCCCAGAUAGGAAUUGCAUCAAUAAGAAAGAUUAUGAAAGGGGACUGAUGGUAAGAAAGAAGGAAAGAAUGAAAGAAAGAAAAAAAACCCUCCAAUCAACUGAAUUGAACAUUUUGUUGAACGGGAAGUAUUUAGAUAAUUGCUCAUCCGACAAUGAAAUGGAUGAUCUUAACAAGGAGGUUGUCCUAUAUCCCGAUUAUAUUGUAUAUGGAGAUUUUUACUGUGCCAGUCCCUCGUUAACCUUUUCACCUAAUGCCAUCAAAAUUAAUGGUUUUGCUGAUUAUGGAAGCAAUGAAUUCCUUAACCUUGAAUGGAGAGUAGACGAUCUCAUUGAUAUUGAGUGUCAGUGCUUUCAAAGAGUUGAAUAUGUGAUGAUCAAGCUCCAUGUUAUAUCAAAGGAUGCUGGUCAAUGUGAUAAUUCGUGUGACACUUCUGGCAUUAAGGAAGUAAAGAUUGUUCUUGUUGAUUCUUACUGGUCUGAGAAACAACAAAAAAUCAGAUCUUUGGAUCCCAGAUACAUGGCUAUUUGGAAUAUGUCUCUCGAUGCGGGCAUAGGAACUGAUGAUGAUGAUUUAGGUGGACAAAGACAUUAUUUUCCCAACUUUGAUGAGCCUUUUGAAGAAGUUGUCUAUCCCAAAGGAGAUCCAGAUGCCGUUUCCAUCAGUAAAAGGGAUGUUGACUUGUUACAACCAGAGACAUUUGUCAAUGACACAAUCAUUGACUUUUACAUCCAGUAUUUGAAGAGCCAGAUAGAUCCUCAGGAUAAGCAUAGAUUUCACUUCUUCAAUAGCUUUUUCUUUAGGAAGCUGGCGGACCUUGAUAAAGAUCCAUCUAGUGCUUCAGAUGGCAGAGCUGCUUUUCUACGCGUUCGGAAAUGGACACGGAAAGUGGAUUUAUUUGAAAAGGAUUAUAUCUUCAUUCCUAUAAACUUCAACCUUCAUUGGAGCUUAAUGGUCAUAUGCCAUCCUGGUGAAGUGGCUAGAUAUAGCGAUGAAGACCUGACGAAGUCGAUGAAAGUACCGUGUAUAUUGCAUAUGGAUUCUAUUAAAGGAAGUCACGCAGGUCUUAAAAAUCUCAUCCAAAGUUAUUUGCUGGAAGAAUGGAAAGAGAGAAACAAGGAGACACCUGAAGAUAUUUCAACAAAAUUUAAGAACCUUCGGUUUCUCCAACUUGAGCUUCCGCAGCAGGAAAAUUCAUUUGAUUGCGGAUUAUUUUUGCUCCACUAUCUAGAACUUUUUCUGGCAGAAGCGCCUCUUAAUUUCAGCCCGUUCAAAAUCUUCAAGCUUUCAAAAUUUCUUAAUGUGGAUUGGUUCCCACCUGCUGAGGCUUACCUCAAGCGAACUUUAAUACAGAGAUUAAUUUUUGAAAUCCUUGAAAACCGGUCUCGAGAAAUGUCCACAGCUGCAUGUAGUGAUGAACUUUUAUCUAAAUUUCCAUCCAAUAAUGAGGAUGAAACUGGCGUGGAGCUUCUUCUGGAAAGAGGAAGCCCAGCAGUGGCAUGCAAUCACAAUUUGUCAAGCUCACAAGCUGUUGAUGGGAUUGAAAUUACUCUAUUAUCUGAAUCUUCGAGUAGACCCAGCCACUUUAUUGACGGUUCUGGCUUGGUUGUCAGAGAAUUAUUUGAACCAGGUGCCUCUAAUGGGUCAUUACUUGGAGACUAUCAAUCUUUUGCCCAGACAUCAUCGUAUUUCGAUACAAAUGCUACUGUGCUGGAGGAUGACGCAGAUGCAGAAACUGGAGACCGUUUCAUCUUCUUGCCUCCGGUACAGGACGGUUUGCAGCCAAUUGAUGCAAUGGCAUCUCAAGCUUGUCGAUUUCCAUGUUCCUCGAUUGGCCUUGAAUCCAAGGCUUCUUUUGACUUGUGCAUGUCUAUUCAACCAGAACGUGGUCGGGGCAUUGCCUCGUCCUCGGCAGAGGACUUGGAAGAUGUGGGAAUCAUCGAAAGUUGCGAUGUUAGGGAAGCAAGUCCUGGUAACAAGGAAGAAAGGAACAGGAAAAGACCUCUAUCGCAUGAGAAGGAGAAUCUAGAACCUGUAACAGAAUGCCCUUCUUCUUCUGCUACCACGGUGCAAGAUGUCGAUACCAUUGUCAUCUCUCAAGAUACUAACAUGGGAAGUAACGAUUCCGAACCCCUGUGUGAAGACGACACUCUCGUUGCAUCACCAUGUCUAGAUGAAGCAACCAAAACAGAUGUCGAACACGAUGAUUCGCCAGUGGUUGUUUCGAUUACAGAGGUGAACUUAGACGAGGAACCCCCUGCCAAGAAACCAAGGCAUUCACCAUACCCCGAAGAAACGAGUAACAGUGUCGGAGAAGGUUUGUCGGAUGGUGCAGACAUAUAGACGAAAGGUUGGUCUCUUCUUUCCUCUAUAUUUGUAAAUGAUCAUGUCAUUAGUGUUUGGCUUGCCAUGCUGUUAAUAUUGUUAUGGCUCCAUAUCAACUUAAUUAAUACCGAUAGAAAAUUCAUUUGGGUUACAUUGAUGUAGCCAUGUUCUUGUUAGUUAUAUCAAGGAUUAGUUUUAAUUCCUCUCCA